AUGCUAUCAAUCAGUAUCGGAAGUCAAUCGUCUUCACACCGGCUGCUGGAUCUCUUCUCAACUGCUCACAUCGACAAGUCAUAUGCGAUCACCAACGCCAAGGAUACAACAUCGUCGACAAUGCUUGAAGAGAUUCCUCCAACUAUGUUUGGAGAUACCCUUUUAACAGAUGACAGAAAAAUGCUGUUCAAUGCAUGGAUAAAAGCCACUAACCAAGAUUUCUACAAAACAGUCAAAGUGGAAGCACAUUGUGCACAGAAAAAGAGGAUAGGAGAGAAGGGGAAACAUGUUUGUAAUCCGAUGAAGGACAACAGAACUGCAAUAUCGAAUCAUUCACAACUCACCUAUCCGUCAAAUUCUUUGCCAACUGCAUUGACACCUCCGAGAACAGAACUAUACCUCACAUCAUCCACCAAUUCGGAUUCCUCCGACGUCGUUGCUCAUUACCAACAAGAAUCAAUAAAACAACUACGGAAAAACGCAUUACUAACUGCUGAAAAUGAUAGGAAACUACUAUUCAAUGCAUCGAGACUCACCAAUAACCAAGAUUUCUACAGAAAAGUUGUAGAAGAAGCGUAUUGUGCACAGAAAGAGAGGGUUGGAGAGAAGGGGGACGGAGGGAAAUAUGUUUGUAAUCCGAAGAAGGUGAAGAAGGAUUGCACAUUGAUAUCCUUGGGUCUCAACAAUCAAAUUGGGUUUGACAAGCAUAUUUACGAAGCAACGGGUCGACAAUGCAAGAUUCUCGGAGCAGAUAUUUACCAACAAGAGCAACCAACUCGGGAUGCCUAUGAGAAGAUGAAUGGAGAACUGUUUGCUGCAAAGAUUCCAAAUGACCUAACCAUCCCACAAAUGCUGGAAAAAACUGGGAGGAUUGACGUGGAAUUCUUGAAGAUUGAUAUAGAAAAAGGAGAGUUUACUGCUUUGGAGCCAUUAAUUAAGGACUAUUUUGUUUGUCAGAUCUUCAUCGAAAUCCACGGACUCCCUUCUGACCAUUUGAGGAUGCUCCAGAUUAUUGCAAAAUAUGGCUUCCGAAUAUUCAAUGUGGAUGAGAACUUGUUAUGUCCCCUCUGUUGUGAGUACAGUAUGAUCAAUGAGUUGUGUAUGGCACAGUUCGAAGUGGUUCCAUUGGCUAUUACCAUUCCUCAAUUGAAUAGUUAA